UUGACACUCAUGUAAAUUUACUCUUUACAGUUUGACGAAAGUAUUUAAAAUAAUCCAAAAAUGUCCCAGUUACCAAGCACAUUCGUCAAGGGCGUACACGAUGAAGAACUGUCCAAACGUAUGGAGUACCGUAUACUCGGUCGUACCGGACUGCAGGUGUCGAAAGUCUCAUUAGGCACGGCGACUUUAAGCGAUUUAUAUGGAGUACUAGAUUUGGACGAUGCUAUAGCAAUGAUACACAAAGCUAUAAAGUCUGGCAUUAAUUACAUUGAUACUGCGCCGUAUUAUGGACAGGGUCGUGCCGAGGAAGUAUUAGGUAUGGCGUUGAAAACUGUGCCAAGAAAGGCGUACUAUAUAGCCACAAAAGUUGGACGCUAUGAAAAGGAUUUGGUAAACCGAUUUGAUUUCUCUGCCAAAAGGACUCGAGAAAGUGUUGAGAAAAGUUUAAAACUACUAGGUAUCGAAUAUGUGGACAUUAUACAGGUGCAUGACAUCGAUUUUGACAAAGAUCUCGAUGUUGUUGUCAACGAAUGUCUGCCUGAACUGGUAAAAAUUGUUAAAGAAGGGAAAGCAAGGUUUAUCGGUAUCACCAGUUACAAUCUUGAAGUGCUUAAGGAGUGCAUAAAACGUGCUCCGUGCGUGGAUGUCGUACUCUCAUAUUCACGGCACACGCUGCUGGACGAUACAUUCAAGUGUUAUGUGGACUUUUUCCAACAGCAUAAUAUUGGCAUUGUUUGCGCGUCCGCUCAUGCAUUAGGUCUAUUGACCAAU